UUCCCAACUCUACGAGUACAGUAUAUAAACAGGUUGACAAAAGAUCAAAACCAUCAGAUCACAGCACAACCAUCAAGUCAACAAGUUCCAUAGGCAAGCUACCUGGUAAACCAAUAACCAGCAAUGAACAAACUCCAGCAACUUGCCUCGGUAGCCAUGCUUUCAAUGAUCAUACUCAGCACGUUCAGUGACUCAGUAUCAGCUGUUACACAUGCAGAUUGCUGCCUCAAUUAUUCAAAGCAUCGAUUGCCACGGAAAUUAAUCUCUGGUUACUUGGAGCAAAAUUCCAAUGAAAUGUGUGAAAUAGAUGCAAUUAUACUCUAUACCAUCAGAGGAAGAGCAGUGUGUGUAGAUCCUGAUCAGCCCUGGGUGAAGAGAACACUGUUUUUUUUGAGCAAAAAACUGGAAACCCUGUCGAAUCAUUGAGCUGCAUCUUGAGAAAAAAAGUUAUCUGCAUUAGAUGGAUGAUUCUGACAAAACCUCCUGCAUAGUAUCUAUGCACAGACAAAAUGUUUGUUAAAACUGAUGUAACUCACAAUUGAUGUGAAAAAUGUUUUAUCGUAUGUUCCACUGAACAUGGUAAAGUAACUUAAUUGUGGAGCCUUAUUUAUUUUCUGUUACAUUCUGCUAAUAUCAAGUUAAAUGCAAUUAAUAUUGUUAUAAUUAUCUGUAUAUUUAUUUGUUACUUUCUAGUCAUAUUUAUUGGAAAGUGUAACUUAAGUAGGAAUAUUUCUAAGUUUAAA